AUGACAGAUGUUCCAGUGACUUUCCAUCAGAUUGAGUGUAAUGGGGAUACACCACCUGAAAAUGGUCAACAAGCAAUCACUAAAAUCAAUGAGGAAAUUAGCGAUGUGGAUGGCACCUCACCCUACUAUAGAGUGGAACCUAGUCUUGAAGAUUUACCCUCAGAAGGAAAUCAGGAGCAAAGUGAAACAUUGCAAGGGACUAUGUUACUCAACUAUUCCACAGAUGAGAAGAUUCUAAAAGAAAAUCCAGAAGAGAAUCUCUAUAUUGUUCAUAAGGCCAUUACAGAUCUUUCUCUUCAAGAAAAAAGUGUUGAUGAAAUGACGUUCAGAGAAGGGCAUCAGUGGGAGAAAAUUCCUCCGAGCAGCAGCAACCAGGAAAUAAGUAGACAACAAGAAACAAUUAUUGAACAGCCUCUGGAAGACAGAGAAGAUGAAGGUGAGAAGAGCAAAGCUCACCACGCAACUGAAAUAGAAUGGUUGGGAUUUAGGAAACCUAGCCAAGGGGAGGUGCUGCAUUCUAAACACAAUGAGGAGCAAGAGGUUUGGGAUGAAGAAAUUAAUGAUGAUGAUGAUGAUUGCAAUGAAGACGAAGAUGAAGUUCGAGUGAUAGAAAUUAAGGAAAAAAAAGAGUAUUCUCAAUUAAAAGAGGAAGGCGAUGUAAGUGAAGAUUCCCCCCUCAGCAGCCCCAGUUCCCAACCUGUGACACCUGAUGAGCAGCCAACCUUAGUGAAGAGGAGUGAUAUUUCCAGAAAUGCUUAUUCAAGAUAUAAUACAAUAUCUUAUCGGAAAAUCAGGAAGGGGAAUACUAAGCAAAGAAUUGAUGAAUUUGAGUCUAUGAUGAAUUUAUAA